AGGCCUGCGCCGUCUUCGUAGACGACUGAGCCAUCGCGGUGGCCAUUCUAGCAAAGAAAGGCAGCAAAUGUCCGAUUCAGUCACAACUUCUCGGAGCGAAAUGAAAUUGCGUCAGAUCAGGACCAUCUAUCCUGCCACCCGUUUUCGUCGCCGAAAAGGCCGCAGUGGGUGAGCAUUGCUGUUGCAGAUUGGGUAGUGAGCGUAGAUGGGAGAGAAGCUUCUAGAAAGGAAGCUGGGUGGGGAGCGGAGAGAGUGAGCCAAGAGUAGGUUGGAUGAGAGCGCGGGCAGCAACCUGUUGAGAGGGGAAAACGAGGAAAAGGGAGGGUUGGGGGGGGGGAGUGAGGAGGCGGAGGAGCGGAAGGAAUCAAUCCAAUCGAUCUAGUAGCGAGCAAGAUGACGAGCGCUAAAGUAGUUUUGCAGGUUUUCGAAAAUUACCAAAAAAGUCGAGUCGGCUUCGUGCAGACUGUGGCUGAGCUCGCCACCAAGCCUCAGAAUAUUGAAGCCCUCCAAAGUGCGGGUGUUAUGCAAUUACUCCGACCUCUGCUGCUUGACAAUGUGCCAAGUAUCCAGCAAUCAGCAGCUAUUGCACUGGGAAGGCUCGCGAAUUACAAUGACGAUUUGGCGGAGGCGGUUGUGAACAAUGAGAUCCUGCCUCAGCUGGUGUACUCUCUCAGGCAUGCAUACCACUUCUCCUAAGCACGAAACUGCCCUCAGCCUGAUGAUAACAACAGACCAGAUGUUCGAAUCCUUUGACUGUGGUCCAACUAGAGUGUGCUGGGAAAAUCAAUGGAGUUCUUGAAG